AUGGCACUGAAAAGAAAACACGGUUCUUGCGUUCAGGUGUACGAUUUCCAUCAGAGUACAUCCCCAAAAUCCAGCAGCAGUACGGCUGAGAAACAUCCAUUGCCCGUUAGUGCUGCUGAUGAAAAUGUGAUGCCAGUGAGAAAGAGAAUGAGGACGCAGAGUUUUGAGAAGCUGCUCUCUCUGAAAUCCAUCAAGUGGAGCAGCAGCUCAAACCACGCAUCCAUAUUUGAGAGACACGCUGAGGAUGAAAAUGAGAGAACAUCUUUUCUCACUGGCCAAAAGAGAAAACGAGGUUCCCUCAGCGCUCACAACAUCUCAUCCCUAACAUCCAGCGCCAGUGUGGCUGAGGAACAUCUGCCUGUUAGUGCUGGUGAAGAAUAUGAGAUGUUAGUGAAAAAGAGGAAAAGGACUGAUAGUUUUGAAAAGCUGCUCCCACUUAAAUAUGCCAAGUGGAGCAGCAGCUCAGACCAGGGAUCAACACAUGAGAGACGAGCUGGAGACAUUCUGAGCCGGUACGAAAUUGGCAGAAAGCUUGGUGAGGGAGGAUUCGGCUCCGUAUAUGAAGGGAAACGACUGGAGGAUGGCCUUGAGGUGGCAGUGAAAAUUGCCAAAAAGCCAAAGAACAUGAAAUAUAUCAAUAUUUCUGGCCAUCCCACACCCCUUCCAUUAGAGGUUGCCCUAUUAAUCCUGGUCAACAGGGAGCCAAAAGCUCCAGAGAUCAUUCAGUUGCUGGACUGGCAGGACCAGCCUGAAUAUUACAUCAUGGUCAUGGAGCGUCCCUCACCCUGCGAAGAGCUGUGGGACUAUCUAAAGCGUCACGGUGGCAUCCUCAAGGAGGAAACGGCACGGUUCAUCAUGGCACAAGCAACGAUGGCCGCUCACAUCUGCUGUCUACGAGGAGUGUUUCACCGUGACAUUAAGCUAGAGAACCUGCUGAUUAACCCCGACACCCUGGAGGUCAAACUCAUCGACUUUGGGUGCGGGGAUCUCCUGAGAGACUCCGGCUAUACACAUUUCCUUGGCACACGAGAAUACUUCCCUCCUGAGUAUGACGUGUGGCGCCGGUACCACGGGAGACCAGCUACUGCGUGGUCUCUGGGAGUGCUCUUAUUCGUCAUGGUGUGUGGACGCUUCCCACAAGAAGAAGACCUAGACACGAUUGAGCACGACAACUGGUCCGUGCCUGGCUUGUCAGAGGAUUGCUGCCACCUGAUUCAGUCUCUCCUGCAGCAAAACCCAAGCCAGCGGAUGGAUUUGAGGGAUAUCCUUCUGCACAAAUGGUUUCAGGGACAGUGCAACAGCCGUCUGUAUGACAGAGCUACACUUCAUGGCCAUAGUCCCGGAGUCCCUCUUUUGGCCAUCCCAGAGGUCCCUAUGGAAGCCGGUCCUGCCACGGCUGUCCCAGAGGUCUCUGCAUUGGCUGCCACAGAAUUUCGGGUCUUGGCCUCUCCACCCCAGAGCUCAUCAUCUGCAUGGUCCCUCAGUGCCUUAGCAUGUUGCGAGGCUGCCAAACCCUGGUAG